AUGGGCGUACCCUUAGGAGAAGUCAUCUACUUGGCAGUCAAGCCAAUGUUCAAGAUCUACGCUUUGAUAGCCAUAGGAUUCUAUCUAUCACGUAGAAACAUCUUGUCUGUUGAUACAACCAAAAACCUCAGCAGCAUCGCUAUCAUGGUACUUCUACCAUCGCUAAUGUUCAAUAAGAUUGUGACUAAUAUUGAUAACUCGGACAUCGCACAAAUAGGAACGAUAGCCUUUUUAGGACUCUUCAACAUGUUCGGUGGUGCUCUUUUAUGCUUUCUUGCAGGCCUGGCUACCCGAUGUCCCAAAGUCUGGUAUGGGGGUCUGAUAAGCGUGGGACUUUUUCCUAACAUCUCAGAUCUCCCUAUCGCAUACUUGCAAAGUCUCGAGGAUUCGGGAAUUCUCUCGAAUGUUGACCGAGGAGUCUCAUUUGAUUGCAUAUACACUGUGAUUCAAGUGCUUUUCCAAUUCAAUCUCGGAUUGUAUAGACUGAUCGAGUUCGAUUUCCGAGAUGCACUGAAAGCAGCCAACACCAAAAAUUUACAAGACGAGGAAGAAUCGCCUAACGGAUCUGAUUCGACACAAGAGUUGGAUGAUAUGGACCGUGCACCUACGCAUACGUCAGAUCUGAGCAUAGACUCUUCGUUAGACGACAACAGCGAUCGCGGAAAUCAUUUACGAUUUUUACGAGAAAAGGAAAAUUCCGUUCGAAACACUGGCUCCAACACACACAGAGGCCUUGAUCUUGGUCGUAGAGACAGUGUCGCGUCCGCAACCUCUAAUCAUAGUCUUCGGGAACUUCCGUCCGAGAACAUGGCCGACGUGGUGAGACAAUAUUCGCGCUUUAGCGAGCUGGCAACAGGAACAGUGAAGAUGUCCGAUCCCGCAGACUUGCAAGUAGCACCCAAGUCGCAGAUUCUCUCAAGAAAUGGCUUUUUGGGGCUCUUCAAGAGCGUCUUUUUUUUGUUGGUUGAAAGUCUUCAGAAGCCAAUUUCCAUUGCCAUGAUAAUUGCGAUCACCAUUUGUAUGAUUCCAUGGGUGAAGGCUUUAUUUGUUCAAACAGAUCAGGCACACAUUUCUCCCGCACCAGACAAGCUGCCCCCACUUUCGUUUAUCAUGGACAUUACAUCAUAUAUUGGAGCAGCACAAGUGCCAUUUGGAUUGCUGAUCCUUGGUGGAACAAUUGGUCGACUAAGAAUCAAGAACAUCCCAUUGAGCCGUUGGAGGACACCGUUGGUUGUUACUGCAGUGAGACUAGUGCUAUUGCCAGUGAUUGGUUGCGCACUCAAUUCAAAAGUUCACAAAGAUGGUCUAUUCUACAACGACCCGAUCCUUUAUUUUGUCUCUAAUCUAGUUUUUUGUAUGCCACCUGCUACAUCAAACAUCUAUCUGACCGCAUUUUACACACCUCCCGACUACCAAGACCACACACAGGUCGAUUGUUUGGCCAUGUCUUACAUUUGUCAUUAUAUCGCACUUGCAAUUUGUCUACCGUUCACAGCUUCUUACACUUUGAAAGUGUCGUUGAAGUACUAA